GUGGUUCAAUCCAGGUGAGAGACAGACAACGUUGGUAGUUGGAACUUGGGACCCAACAAGUAACAACGUUGUUAUUAGGAAAGGAAAACAGGAGAAAGAAGAAUCAGAUCAAGAAAGGAAUGGUGGGAGUUAAGAGAAGUUCAAUCUUACUCACUCUCGCUUUCCUAAUGUUUAUGGGUAUUGCCGUCUAUUUCAGGCUUUGGGCCAUUGACUACAACAUGUCUUCUGAUGACACUGAGCUCAUAAGGCGACAGUUUGAUCUUGCCAACAGGGAGGCAAUGGAUGAAUCUGCUGAGUGGAGGCUAAAGUAUGAUGAGGAGGUAAAUAGGGCAAACAAGUGCUUAAAGGAACUUCGAGCGUUUCAGGAGUCCUCUAAAAAAGCAGAGGAUGCUUCUGGUAUUAACCAUAAAUUGGCUAUACUGCAAAAGGAGAAUGCUAUCUUGCUUGAAAGGGUGGAAACAUUAAAACGAGAGGUUGAAGAUGAAAAGUCGAAGUGCAAUUCACGAUACAUGAACUAAUCAUGAAAGCGUUGACACCAAGUGGAUUUUUUGCCAUCCUUAAGUGAUUUAUCUCUUCUGAGCACAAAUGACGCAGAUAUUCACAGCAUGCAACUAGUUCUCAACCAUGGAAGAAUUUUCACUGCAUGAUUCAUGGUCUCAAAUUUUCAACUUAACUACACCGGCAUUUCAGGGAGAUUGAUAACUCACACUAAUCACCCCCUGCCCCAACACACAUUUUUUCUUUGUAGGUACAUUUCCCUUUGUACUUUAUUAUAGACCAAUGAUGCAUGAUUUUUGAUAGUUUACUUUCUUUGAAGAACAGGUUUCUUUUGUAAUUUGUAUACCUCGAUUGUAUUUUGGGCUAGUAUCUUACUGAUCCAGUUUUUCGUUGGUAAUAGAUAUGCACUUUCCUGAUUCACUAA